UUUCGCGCAAAAGCGGCUUGAGCUAAGGUAAAAGACCUUUAUCGCAAUCUACAUCCUCUAGCUUUCACUUUACUGAAACACCUUUCAAAAAAAAAACCUUCUGUCAGUAUGUCCACCUCUGCGCCCCAAUCCGACCUCUGGCUUCAAUACGCCCAAAUCAUCUUCCAGUACGCCAUCCUCUCGCUCACAAUCGCACUCAGAAAUCUCACGCUUGCAUUCAACUACGCCUUCCAGACAUUUCCGCAAGCCACUGCCAUGGCUACCUCACUUGUGCUCAUCUAUAUCGCGUAUCGUCUCCUCUUUGUGCUCGCACGCAUGGUCUAUUCCAUUGUCAUGGGCGUCAUCCGCACCCUUCUCAUCGCCGUGCUCGUACUUGUCUGCAUUGCGGUCUACUUCCGCGGCAACAGGUUCUUCACGAAUGACUGUUACGUCCUCCUCGACUACGCGCGGCUGCUAGCUGCCGACAGCGAAACGUCUCAGGACAACUUGCUCGUGCUCAAGCGGGGCUUUGAGAAGGUUUACGCCAUGAGUGAGCUUCUCCUCUCCCAGACAUUUGACAAUGAUUCGAUGCAAAACAGCUUAUAAGGUGAGGCUACGGAAGUAUAGAGAGCUAUGAACCGUAGACCAAUGAUCCGUGGUUGUUGUGUUGUUGGUCUGCGCCUGGUCGUGUACGCACCG